UAUUCGACCCGGACCGAUCCAUCCAUGAAUCUCGCUGCUACUGCACAGGCAUUGUGUAUUCCACGUCUUCGUUUUCAUUCAGUCCAUCCUCAAAUAUGGAAGUUUUUAGAAAGGCUAUACUUCAGGCCGGUCCGCCUGAGAGUUUCGCUCUACAAACAGUUCAAGAGGUCAUAAAGCCUCAGAAACAAACGAAAUUGGCGCAAGAUGAGAACCAGAUGUUGGAAAAUAUGCUUCGGGUUUUGCUUCAGCAAUUAGUGUCCUCCGCAUUGGAUUCAGGAGAGCCAGUAAUGCAGUAUGGACAAUCAAUUGAUGAUGGGGAAACUAGCCAGGCUCAAAUUCCACGGCUUCUUGAUAUUGUGCUGUAUCUUUGUGAGAAAGAACAUGUUGAGGGUGGCAUGAUAUUUCAGCUCUUGGAAGAUUUGACUGAAAUGUCUACAAUGAGAAAUUGCAAAGAUAUUUUCGGUUACAUAGAAAGUAAACAAGACAUUUUAGGAAAGCAAGAGCUGUUCGCUCGUGGAAAACUUGUGAUGUUGAGAACGUGCAAUCAACUUCUUCGUCGUCUGUCGAAGGCGACUGAUGUGGUGUUUUGUGGACGAAUCCUCAUGUUUUUGGCACAUUUUUUUCCACUGUCAGAGCGCUCAGCUGUAAAUAUAAAGGGAGUUUUUAAUACAUCAAAUGAGACAAAAUAUGAGAAAGACCCGCCUGAUGGCAUUCCUGUCGAUUUCAACUUUUAUAAGACCUUUUGGAGUUUGCAGGAAUACUUCUGUAACCCGGCCCUGACUCUUGCUCCUACAAAGUGGCAGAAAUUUACAUCCAGUUUGAUGGUUGUGUUGAAUACCUUUGAUGCCCAGCCUUUAAGUGAUGAAGAGGGAGAUGCUAACAAUUUGGAGGAGGAGGCGGCAACUUUCAACAUAAAAUAUCUUACCAGCAGUAAACUAAUGGGUUUAGAGUUGAAAGAUCCAAAUUUUAGACGCCAUGUUCUUUUGCAGUGCCUUAUAUUGUUCGAUUAUCUAAAGGCUCCAGGAAAAAAUGACAAAGAUUCGCCAUCUGAAAGCAUGAAAGAAGAAAUAAAAUCUUGUGAGCAGCGAGUAAAGAAAUUACUUGAGAUGACCCCACCUAAAGGGAAGGAUUUUCUUCAAAGCAUUGAGCAUAUUUUAGAACGUGAAAAGAAUUGGGUGUGGUGGAAACGCGAUGGUUGUCCAGCAUUUGAAAAGCAACCAACAGAGAAGAAAACAGUUCAAGAUGGACUGAAAAGACGUAGGCCAAGGUGGAGACUCGGGAAUAAAGAACUCUCUCAAUUGUGGAAGUGGGCAGAUCAGAAUCCGAAUGCUUUGACUGAUCCUCAACGUGUUAGAACUCCAGCCAUCACAGAGUACUGGAAACCUUUAGCUGAAGAUAUGGACCCAUCUGCUGGAAUAGAAGCUGAAUAUCACCACAAAAGCAACCGGGUUUAUUGCUGGAAAGGUCUCCGUUUUUCAGCUCGCCAGGACUUGGAUGGGUUUUCUAGAUUUACAGACCAUGGUAUUGAAGGAGUUGUGCCACUGGAACUUCUGCCACCUCAUGUCCGAUCCAAAUACCAAGCUAAACCAAAUGACAGGUCUAAACGUGCCAAAAAGGAAGAUAUGAAGGGUGCUCCACAUCAAGUCGAAGAAAAUCAGGUUGCAACACCUGCAAGUGAGAAUGAUGGCGAUGUAAUCAGAGGUGAUCUUGAAGCCUCAGCAGCUCCAAUGGACACUGAUGCCACAGUUGCAACUGGUAACAUCUCCCAAGGUGGAACUCCAACGCCUGAGGAACAACAGAAGCUCUCUGACACCGAUAUCGGUCAAGAGGCUGGGCAGUUAGAUGCUGAUGCAGGAAUGAUAGACGGGGAGACGGAUGCAGAAGUUGAUUUAGAUGCAGUUGGCUAAGCGGAAAGAAAUUAUUUGACUGUUCAACAUCUGAUUAUAGCGCGUAGCUGUGAAUUAAAAGAUGAUACUAUUGCUAACUGUCUAGAGCUGGGACGCAAAGACGGGAGGUUUUAUCUGUAUUUCUAGCGAGAGAAGAUAGUGGCAAUUUCUGUCUUUGAACUGGUAAUACGAUUUAUUUAUUAUCUUACCAUAAUUU